AGGAAGGAAAAAAAGUGCCAUGAGCGGGAAGGGUUGCUGGUGCCAUGAGAGAGAUUUGGGGCCAUAUGAGCAGGAAGGGUUAGUUAGAGAUUCUCCAUUAGAGAAGGGCGCCAUGAGCAGAAAGGGUUGAUUCGGACGGGGCUAUAGCAGGAAGUUCCUGAGCAGGGAAGCUUGGUGGGGGCCCGAUGUUUCCGAGAAAUCCAUCCGUUCGCCAGCUCAUUCAAGGACAUGAGACAAAAAAUGAGGCCAAGCAGGGCGCGCGAGAGGGAAAAGUGGGGAAAAAAAUUUCUACCAUUGAAACCUCCGUGGGUCCAUGUUGAUGUUUAUAUUCCAUCCAAACCGUUCAUAAGGUCAUUCCCACUUAGAUGAACUGAAAUUGAAAAAAAAUAAAAUAAAAAAAAUAGCCUGAUACAGAACUUCUGUAGCGAUACGACUGUUUCAACAGUGGUCCCUCAGUCCCACUGUUUUGUCUUCUUAUGGCUGCCUCAUUUUGUGUUUCAUGUCCUAAAAUGAGAUGACAAAACGGAUGGACAGGGUGGAUUUCUCAUCAACAUCAGGGAGGGCCCCACCUAGGUUCCAGAUUCUCAGAAAAAAAAAAGGUGAGCAGGAAGGUUUGAUUCCAGACUGUCCCAAAAAAACCGACCUUUUUACCUCGUGCAAAGUGUUUUAAAGAAUUAGCCUCUUGGAAUUUGGAACCUUGUUUUAAUCGACAUGAACCUUGGUGCAUCUUGUAACAGAUUUCUAAAAACCAAAAUAAAAAUUAAAAAAACAGAACAAACCUUCUCAAUCAUGGCAGUCUCCACAAUCUUCCCUUCCUUAUUGCUUGUAAUCGCUUACUACUUCUCCAUCUUUGUAACAAGCAAUCUUAGCCCUCCACUUCCCCAUUGCCUGGAAAACUGUGGCAACACCAAAAUUACUUACCCGUUUGGAAUUGGAGAAGGAUGUUUCUACCCUGGCUUCGAAAUCAACUGCAAACAAAACAUUUCAUUCUUAGCUCGGUCGAACCUUCAACUCCUUGAGAUCUUGCCAGGAGAAGUUCGCAUAAACUCCACCCCCUUCAUAGCCGUAUGCAAAUUCAUUCGAUGCUUCCUUUAUGAUCCUGUUCAGAUCAAUCUGCCUGAAAAGAGUCCUUAUAAAUUCCCAAUCAAGUCGAACAAAUUCAUCGUCACGGGAUGUAAUAAAAGGGGAUCAAUCUCAGGCAGUGUGAGUGCCAUGAAUGCGUGCACAUCAAUGUGCCCUCGAGGGGAGACUGUGGUUAAUGGUUCUUGCAGCGGGCACAGCUGCUGCCAAGUCGAUGUACCUUCCAUCAGCAACUCACUCAACAUAUCUGUCAUGGAAGUGCCUACAGCCACAAAUUUCAUGCCAUUUGGCCGACUUGGUUAUGGGUUUGUUGUCGAAGAUGGAAGCUACAUUUUCACAGGGUCGGAUCUUUGGAACUUCAGCCAUGACAUCCAUAUGAAUCUCGAUUGGGCCAUAGGAAAAAAGUGUUGUAGCCAAGUGAAGAACUCUUCCUCUAUAUGUGGGGAGAACAGCUCCUGUGAUGACAGCAUGACAAGUUCUGGUUAUCUCUGCAAAUGUGCUGAUGGGUAUCGAGGGAACCCUUAUCUCAAUGGCCCGCAAGGAUGCCAAGAUUUUGAUGAGUGCAACUCCCCUUCCAGUCCAUGUGUUCCAGGAGCUACUUGUGAGAACAGAGUUCCUGGGUACUUUUGUCACUGCCCAGAGGGGACUUGGGGCAACGGUUCCACAUCCGGAAUCGGCUGCCGCAAGCUCCACAAGCACUUUCCAAUGGUUGAAAUUGUCAUAGCGACUGUCAUGUGCACUGGGCUGCUGACACCAUGUCUGUAUUGGCUAUAUUUGGCUCGAAAGAAGAGACACCUCAAAAAUCUCAAAACCAAAUACUUCCGUCAGAAUGGAGGCCUCCUGCUACAACAAUACUUCUCUCCAAGCAAAGGUACAGCUAUCAAACACAUCAAAAUCUUCUCUGCAAGCGAGCUCAAGAAGGCCACCAGCAACUAUGAUAGCAGCAGAAUUCUAGGGAGUGGGGGCCAAGGCACCGUCUACAUGGGAACCCAAGAAGAUGGAUCAAUCAUCGCCAUAAAAAAACCAGAAGAGGUGGCCGAAGGCCAAGUUGAUCAGUUCAUAAAUGAGCUUGUCAUCCUUAGCCAAAUUGAUCAUAAGAACAUUGUUAAGCUCUUGGGUUGUUGCUUGGAGACCCGAGUUCCAUUGCUCAUCUAUGAAUUCAUCUCGGGUGGUACUUUAUACCAGAAACUCCAUCAUGAUCCCAACCUUACAAUUCAGUUAUCAUGGAAGGACCGCCUCCGGAUAGCCGGUGAAAUUGCAGAUGCUCUUUCUUACCUGCACAGUUGUGUUUCAAUGCCUAUUUUCCACAGAGAUGUCAAGUCAUCCAACAUACUAUUAGACGAGAACUUCAUGGCGAAGCUUGCCGAUUUCGGAGUCUCUAGACUUAUUCCAAUAGAUAAAAUCAGGGUGUCAACGACCGUGAAAGGGACUAUAGGAUACUUGGAUCCUGAAUACUUCAAAACUGGAAAAUUAACAGAGAAGAGCGACGUGUAUAGCUUCAGGGUUGUUCUGCUUGAGCUUUUGUCGGGAAGGAAGCCUGUCCAACACCAACAGACACGAGACUACAGUAGCCUGGUACUGCAUUUCCUGUCUUAUGUCAAGAGUGGAAAUUUGCUUGAGGUUCUAGACGAGGGAAUAGUGAGAGAGGCAAAAAUGGAAGAUUUGCUAGCUGUUGCAAAGAUUGCUCGAAGAUGCUUGAGUUUGAGAGGAGAAAAGAGACCGACCAUGAAAGAAGUGGUGCAGAAGCUUGUCUGCCUUGGAUGAUCUUAUAUGCCCCGAAAAUCUCGCUUUCGCGCAAUGUAAUUCGAUUCCAGCAAAAAUCUCUUCGAGUUUCUUCAAAAAAUUGUUCUGGGGUCUUUUAAAGAACACUAUCUUUGAGGUGAUAUUUACACCCUAUCAAUUCUUAAGCUGGUUUGCAAGAGGGGUGCAGCAAUCUGCCUUCGUCCUCUCUCAAUCAGGAGAAAUGUGAGCUUAGGCCCGGAAAAUUGAAAACAAUACCCGAAACACUCCCCCAUGACUUCUUACCUGUUUUCAAGUAAAGCUCACAUAUACGCCGUGCAUAUGCCAGAAAUCUCAUAUUUCUCUCACAAUGAUCACCUCAUAUUUUGUGCAUUAGAAUUUAAUUAUGAAAAAUACUGAUUAUUGGUAUGUGGAAUUUGCUUUCUCCUUGCUAUCCAAAA